CUUUAAAUCAACCGCUCGUGAAAUAUGGCUACCCAGCUGCUGCUAUCUUUCGACCCUUCGGCGGAAUUAUCGGAUGCUGAAUAUGACCAGAAAAUCCGUACAUUCUGUGUGAAUAUCAAAAAACUAUCGUCGAGUGCACUGGUUGGCUCUAGUACAGCUGGGCAGGGAAACCAUCUCGACAUAUUGAACCCUGCUCAACACUCCGUGGCAUACGUGCAAGUCCUGCUAGCCUUGUAUCAAACUACGCAAAAGUCAGGAAAGUCAGGCUGCCCCGAAGCUUUUCAACCAGGUGGAGAAGGCUGGAAGAGAGCAUUGGAGUUUUUUGAGACUUUUGAUCCGAUACAAGUUCGGUACGUGGGCCGUGAGUUCACAAGGCUUGUUGAGAUUAUUGUUGCUGCUGCACAUUCUGCUUCACAGCCACUCCUUGCUGUUCAGCCUCUCAGAAAUGCCUUGCUUCGGCUUGAUCCGUCAUGCUCGACAAUGACGGCAACUCACACUUUGUUUGUACGCAUGUGCCUCAGAGCGAGAGCUUACCGCUCCGCGCUACCCAUACUGGAGAAACCUAUCUUUCAUAUCCCUGCCUCUGGAGAUAGAACUUACCAUAAACGAGCUCAGAUAUUACCGUGUGACAGAGACCAGUCUAGCUCUACAUAUAUAACAGAUUCUUCUGGCCUGGCAGGCACACUUACUCACCAGACGUAUCUUGAAUAUUACCUGUAUGGUGCUAUGAUCUAUACGGCUCGAAAGGAAUGGGAUAACGCCUUAAGAUUUUUGCAUAUUGUUAUGGCUGCACCUGCCAUCAAUUCUGUGAGCAAGAUCAUGGUUGAGGCGUACAAGAAGUGGAUUUUAGUACGCCUGUUGGCCAAAGGACAGAUUUUAACCAUACCUCAGGGCGUACCCCAGUUUGCAAUAAGGAUAUACAAGGCCCUUGCUAAACCGUAUGAGGCACUGGCGGACAUCUUCCUGGACGGUACGUUACAAAGAUUGGAGGCAGAGAUCUCAGUAGGGACAGAGGUCUGGGAUAAAGAUAACAAUUUUGGUCUUGUCCAUCAACUUCCUGCUGCCUAUCGUCGUUUCUCUAUACUUAGGCUGGAGAAAGUAUUCGCUGCGAUAUCAAUACCAGAUAUUACCGGCAGAGUCUCAUAUGAGUGUGGCUCUGCUGCAGAGUUAGAAAAGUAUGUGGCUUCACUGAUAGAAAAAGGUCAGCUGGAUGCGCGUCUUGUCCAGGCUUCUGACCCUUCUGGCCCCUCGGUGCUUCGCUUUGGUCAGAACAUGACAGCCAUGGACCCGUCUUCGGAAGCCAAGCUGUGGGCGAACCUUGUUAAGGAAAAGAACCGCAUCAAGGCUAUGAUAGACAAUGUCGCGAGGAUCGAUGUGAGAGUGGAACUAGGAGGAGACUAUAUUGAUGGACUUGGGAAGGCCCAGCGGAAAGCUGAAGCGCAGGCCCACAGAAAUGCCUCCGCCUUUGACGAAGAUAUCAUGGGAAUUCCCCGCUAG